GUUGUCGCGGACGGAAAUGACGAAACGAUAGGACUUUCGAAAACACAGGCGGGGAAACACAAACAGCGAGCGCGGAAGGAAGGAUGUGAAUUAGAUGUCGGACUGAAAUAUGCCGACGGAUCAGGUGUGUUUGGGACGGAAGCGCCCUCUGCCAUCGUGCCCCAAUCCUCUGUUUCUGCAGUGGUUGACGGAAUUACGGGACAGCGCCAAGGAGAAGGGCUUGAAGACUCAGUUCGUCUACCAGAAGGCCAUAAACUCUUUGAAAAAAUAUCCUCUUCCUCUGAAAAACGGGAAGGAGGCGAAGAUCCUGCAGAACUUCGGCGACGGGAUCUGCAAGAUUUUGGACGAGCGCCUGCAGAAACACUACCGGGAAAACGGUCCAGAUGCUCCAGUCCACUUGGCUCCAUCCUGUCAUUGGAACAACAUGGCUUCAUCCAAGCAAAUGGAGGAAAGUCAGAAGGAACCUUUAGGGAAUUUUAGCGAACAUACGAAACUAACACAAAAAGAAGUAAGAAAAGAGAAGGGUGCUAAGAAGAAGCGAGAGUAUGUGCCACAGAAGAGGUCUGGAGGAUACGCGGUACUGCUCACGUUAUACAGACACAUACAGAUGCCUGGCAGUAAAGGCUUCAUGUUCAGAAAUGAGCUUCAAACUGAGGCACAACCCUUGUGUGAAAAGUCCUUCACAGUGCCUGAUCUGGGCAGUAAGUACACGGCGUGGUCUUCAGUGAGCACACUCAUCCAGAAAGAGCUUGUGAAAACACACAAUCCUGCCAGGUAUUCACUGACCGAUCAGGGAUUGUCUCUAGCAGAGAAGCUGGAUUCAGAAGAGACGGGGACGCUUCAUGAAGAUGUGGACUCUCAGGAUGGACAAAAUGUUGUAGAUUUGACUUUGGAGGAAGAGGAUGAAGACGAGGAGAAGGAGAGCUGGUCUUCAGAAAGGCCUGCAGUAGCUCUUCCUGUAAACCAGGCCAGAGGUCUGUCGUCUGAAUUAGAUCCCAUGGGAAAGUCCCAGACGUCAGAAACCGGGAGGACAGCAAUGGGUUGGCAUCUCUCUCCAGGCUCUUAUGACAUUGUGCUGUGUGUUGACUUAUGUGAGACAACAGGAGGAAGCAGUGUUCGCAAACAGGAGCUGGUGAAGGAGCUGCAGAGGAACAGUGUGACGUUUGAUGUCAGGAAGCUGAAUGUUGGAGACUUUCUCUGGGUGGCGCGUGAGAGAGUGACACCUGUUCCUGGACAGCUGCGUCCACCAGUUGGAAAAGAGCUGGUGCUUGAUUACAUCAUAGAGAGGAAGAGGAUGGAUGAUCUAUGUGGAAGCAUUAUAGACGGACGCUUCAGAGAGCAGAAGUUUCGACUGAAGAGAUGUGGUCUGAGAAAGCCCAUUUAUCUAGUGGAGGAAUGUGGAUCAGCGGCUGCUCAUCUCAGUAUACCAGAGAGCACAUUACAACAGGCUAUAGUCAAUACACAGGUGGUUGACGGCUUCUUUGUGAAGCGUGUGCAGGAUGCGAAGGAGUCGGCUGCUUACCUCACCAUCAUGACCAGAUACCUCCAAAAACUAUACCAGAACUGCACAUUAUUCUGCCGCUCCCGAGAGCUGGAGGGUGAUGGGGAAGCUGAGAGCGAGAAGAUGGUGGCGAAUCUCUCCUGUUCUCUCAUGGCCUUCACUGAAUUUAACUACGGGGCUAUUAAGAACAAGUGCCAGACAGUGCGUGAAGUAUUUGCGCGACAGCUUAUGCAGAUCAGUGGAGUGUCUGGUGAUAAAGCAGCCGCUGUUCUUGAGCACUACAGCACCGUCAGCAGUUUAUUACAAGCAUACGACAAGUGUUCCAGCGAAACAGAAAAGGAGAAGCUUUUGUCAUCUGUCAAAUAUGGAAAACUCAAAAGGAAUCUUGGACCAGCAUUAAGCCGCACGAUAUAUCAGCUUUACUGUACUCGUGGACCUUUGUCAUAGGAUUUUACAUUGCUAAAAACACAAAUGUGGGUUGCGUUUCAGUUUAAUAAUUGUAUAGACCUUUCCCCCCUGUAAAUUCAUUGACUCAUAUAUUGUGUAAAAUAAUAAAGGUAUGAAUUACAAAAA